CCUUGUCAAAUACUCUUCCAAACUUUUGCCAAGAAGUAUAGAAUUCCAGCUUUCCAAACCGGGAUCUCUGAAACCUAAAAACGCGUCGUCCCCUGAAGAGGAUUCGUCCCCAAACCCUUCUCUCUUUCUUUUCUCCUCCUUUCUUUCGAGAGAUCGAUCCCAGAGAUUGCGAUCUCUCGUCCGUUUCUUCGUUCCCCUCUCGAAUGUCUAUUUUCAAUACCCCGUCUCUUCUUGCCUUUCUCCUAUUCGUCCUUUUGAUUUCGGGUUUCGAAGCUGCCGCUGGGCCUCGGCGGUCCCUCCUCCGAACCCUCGGAGAUGGCCCCCAUCUUCACGACGCCGCCGUGGACCUCAACAGCUCCAAUUUCGAUCGCGUCCUGAAGGAAUCUCCGGCGGCCUUUGCCGUCGUCGAGUUCUUUGCUCACUGGUGUCCUGCUUGUAGAAAUUAUAAGCCACACUAUGAGAAGGUUGCGAGGCUUUUCAAUGGGCCAGAUGCACCACAUCCUGGGAUUGUUAUCAUGACAAGGGUUGACUGUGCAAUGAAGAUGAACACGAAUCUUUGUGAUAGGUUUUCAGUUGGUCAUUAUCCCAUGCUAUUAUGGGGUCCACCACCUAAAUUUGCAUCUGGUAAAUGGGAUCCGAAACAAGAGAAGAGUGAGAUUCAAUCAAUUGAUGAUGCAAGGACAGCAGAUCAUUUACUCAAUUGGAUUAAUAAGCGAAUUGGCAGCUCAUUCAGUUUAGGUGAUGAAAAAUAUGAGAAUGAAAAUACACUUCUACGGAAUGACUCUGAUCCUGAACAGAUUGCUCGAGCUAUUUAUGAUGUUGAGGAAGCAACAGCUGGUGCAUUUGACAUAAUAUUGGAACACAAGAUGAUAAAGUCAGAUACUCGAGCCCCACUUAUAAAGUUCUUCCAGCUUUUGGUCACUCAUCAUCCUUCUAAAAGGUGUCGAAGGGGAAGUGCUGAGAUACUCAUAAACUUUGACAAUCUGUGGCCUUCGGACCUUUUUUCAGUCGAUUCUCAAGAGACCAACAUAUUGCAGGAAAGGGAUAGACUAAAAAGUUACUUGAUAUGUGGCAAGGAAGUCCCUCGUGGGUAUUGGAUUUUUUGUCGUGGCAGCAAAAAUGAUACCAGGGGCUUUAGCUGUGGCCUCUGGGUUCUAUUACAUUCACUCUCUGUAAGAGUCACUGAUGGAGAGAGUCAUCUGGCUUUCACAGCAAUCUGUGAUUUCAUCCAUAAUUUCUUCAUCUGUGAGGAAUGUCGCAGACAUUUUAAUGACAUGUGCUCAAGUGUCUCAGUCCCAUUUAAGACAACACGUGAUUUAAGCCUUUGGCUAUGGAGCACGCAUAAUAAAGUCAAUGAAAGGCUGAUGAAAGAAGAGAGAGCCUUAAAAACUGGUGACCCAAGGUUCCCCAAGGUUAUAUGGCCCCCAGAGAAACUCUGCCCAUCAUGCCAUCUUUCUUCGAUCAGUAAUAAUAGAACUGGCACAAGUCAAGUAGAUUGGAAUGAGGAUGAAGUGUUCAAGUUUUUGGUUCAAUAUUAUGGGAAAACUCUAGUGUCUUCUUACAAGGAUGCAAGCCUCAGCAGAAACAGAAGCGAUGAAUUGGUGGCAGAUGACAUCACCACCUCAACAAAUGCGGUUGCUGUACCGCUUGGAGCUGCCAUGGCCAUUGCCUUUGCCAGCUGCGCAUUUGGGGCGCUAGCUUGCUUUUGGCGGACACAGCAGAAGAAUCGGAAGCAAAGAAAGAAUCGAGGCUGAGAUGAGUUCAGUGUUGAUCAGGUACCAGCGCUACAAAGCUGCAUGGCAUUAUGGAUGUUUUGAUGACCACCUUGUCGUGCUUUCUUUUCAUAAUUGUCUAAUUUUUCAUCCAGGCCAUUGCAUGUAUAUUAUUUUAUAAAAUUAUAGUUGAAAUUUUCAAAUGCAACCGAGCACAUAUACACUGGAAAAGAGAAAGGCCCCUCUUUUGCAUGUGCUAAGAUAUUUUGAUCAUUAUGAGGCUGUAAACAGGGUAGGAACCCCGAUUAUUGAACCCAUUUGGAGCGUGGGAUCUGAAAAGCUCGUGUUUCUGUUGAGUCCAUUGUUGGGUUUUGUUGUUCCUCUCCACAUUGGCUGGUUCAAUAUUGUGUCGAUAUGGUUUUCGCUCUGUUCUCUUAUGUUGGAGGAUGCGAAUGGAAAUGGUGACUUGUUGAUCAGACAACUCAACCAGCUCAAGAUGAUUAAUGACUGGAUCUACCAAGAAAAAGGCUUAUAAAGACUGCACGUCUCAUACCCGCUAUGUUCGCCGGUGCAUGGGAGUCCUCUAUUCGGUGGAUAAGAUAUUGGAACAGGCAAAUCUAGGGCAACCGAACGAGCUCUACUGUUCUUAUUCAAAAAUUAAAAGGAUGAUGGUGAGAUCCCCAUCUAUUGCGGUUAGAUAAAAGAAUACUCAGCCAGCAGUAUCUCCCGAAAUUUGAG